UUUGAUGUGCAUGAUUCAACAGCUGCCAAUAUGAGGUCCUUAUCAAGUGCUGGUGCUGAUAUUCUAACAAAACACUCGAUUAAUUCGUUGCUGGAACAACGCCAAGAUUUCCUAAGUAGACGAAACGAGACUGCUGAUGAGCUAAUAACGCCUUUAAAUGAACCUCCGAUUGCCAUUAAUGAUUUCCUUGGCUUUGGCAAAUCGACCACAAAUCCGUUGCUGUUGGGCACCAAUGGGGACACGCUGUCUACAUCGAUGGCCGCCUACACGCCAUUAACACCGAGUUCAUCGCAAUCCUCUGCCUCGCCCGGCACCCUGUCAGCAAAUUCUUUUGACAUCUUUCAGUUUGAAAAUGUUGCACAAAAUAACACACCACUUAAGGUAUUUCAAAGAAACAUCAGCUUCGAUUGUUCUGCACCUUUAUCGCCAAGUACGCCCACCACUAUUUACAAUCGCUCUUUUCUCAAUUCACCUUUAGUCAGCGAUGGCAGCAACUCAUCGAGCGCCAAUGGUCUAUCGGUUGAUUCGAUACCGUUGAUGUAUCAGAAUAAUUUCGUGGGCAGCGGCAUUGGUGGUUGUCUCUCGAAUAGUCGCUCGAACUCGCCGGAGAGUCAGAACAGCAAUCAAUCCAAUGUGGAGCACAAUUUGAUAGAUAUGAUCAACCUGCUCUCUGUGGCAGACAAUAAUGACUCGCAAAUUUCACUGCAGCAGCAGCAGCAAUUGUCAUCGCAAUUGUCGCAACAACAACUAACACAGCUGUCAACGCAUCCGCAACAGCUGCCAUCAUCACUGCAUUUCGAGCAGUCAUUGCCGUUCGGGCAGCAACAGCAACAGCAAACAUCUACUACCUCUCUGGGCAAUCUGGGGAAUGGCAAUAACGGUAUGUCGAGCUUUACCACAAAUCUCUUCGACGAACAGCAAUUGCAGAACUUCGAUGCACUCACCGCUGUCGAUUUGGAACUGUCGAAGCUGCAAAAUAUGCAGGCAUUCAACACGCUCAAGUUAUUGCAGGCACAGUCGCAACAGGUGCCACUGCUCAAUCACUUGCUGCAGGGCUAUAGCAAUGGCAUGAACCAGUUCAAGGGCUUGCCACAGCCACAAGCACAACCGCAGUCGGCCGCCGCCGCAGAUGCGCAUUUGGACCGCGUUGCAAAGUUCUAUCGCAGUUCGGCCGCACUCUAUGAUGCCACUUGCACUUGGAGCGGGCAGUUGCCGCCGCGUUCGCACCGCAUGUUAAAUUACUCGCCUAAAGUGUUUCUCGGCGGCAUACCCUGGGACAUAAGCGAACAAUCGCUAAUACAGAUAUUCAAGCCGUUUGGACAAAUUAGAGUCGAGUGGCCCGGCAAAGAGCAACAAGCGGCGCAACCGAAGGGUUAUGUCUACAUAAUCUUUGAAUCCGACAAACAAGUGAAGGCUCUACUAUCCGCUUGCGUUUUACAAGUCGAUGACUCACAGAGUGGUGGGAUUUAUUACUUCAAGAUUUCUUCUCGACGCAUUAAAGCCAAGGACGUUGAGGUCAUUCCUUGGAUUAUCGCCGAUUCAAAUUUUGUCAAGUCCACGUCACAGAAAUUAGAUCCAACCAAAACCGUAUUUGUGGGCGCAUUGCAUGGCAAGCUCACCGCAGAGGGUCUCGCAAAGAUAAUGGAUGACCUUUUUGAUGGCGUGCUAUAUGCAGGUAUUGAUACCGACAAAUACAAGUAUCCCAUUGGUUCCGGACGCGUUACUUUCAACAACAAUCGCUCGUACAUGAAGGCGGUUUCGGCGGCGUUCAUCGAAAUACGCACGUCUAAGUUCACCAAAAAAGUGCAGGUGGAUCCAUAUCUCGAAGACUCGCUCUGCUCUAUCUGUGGUGUGCAGCAUGGACCAUACUUCUGUCGCGAACUGUCGUGCUUUAGAUACUUUUGUCGCGCCUGCUGGCAGUGGCAGCAUUCCUCCGACGGCGUCAAGAAUCACAAGCCGCUAACGAGAAACUCCAAGUCGCAAAUGUUAGUGGGGAUUGGGCCGGCAUCCUCGACAGCCUCACUGUCUUCCUUGAGCUCGACACCACAGCCACAGCAACAACAACCACAAUUGCACUCGCAGCAUACGCCACCACAAUCGCAACAACAUCAGCAUCAGCAGCAACAGGCGCAUGCUCAUCAGAACCACCUAAAUGGUGGCGGCUUUCAGUUGGAGCAUGCGCAGCAACAACAAACCAACUCACACAUGCAGCGCUUCAAUCAAAUGCAGCAGCAGCAACAUCAACAUCAACAACAACAACGCCAACACCGCACAUCGCCACAACCCAUGUUUCAGCUGAACCAACAAAUACAACACCAGCAACAACAACAACAACAACAAAAUCAGCAACAAUCUAUAUUUUAAGCCGUGCUUUGCUAGCGUUAAGCCAAAAACUCAAUGGAAUUGUUAAGUUGCUAGUUGAACUAGCUUAUCACACAAACCUAUAUCUACAUAUACUAUACUCGUAUAUCUAUAUACAUAUAUAUAUAUCGACAUAUAACCAAUUGAAUAGUGUGUAAAUUAAUUUAGUUACAAGCCUACUUUCUUUUACUAUUAUCUCUCUUUUUUUUGUUUCUUCUUUAUGAUUUUUGUUAGACCUAAUUGUAAGCAAGCACAAAAUGUAGUUUUUCAUUUCCUGUAAAUAUUGUAUAGUUUUUAGGGACAUUAUUCAUAUUUUUUUUUUGUAUUUUUUUUUUUUUGUGUUUUGAAACGCUUCUCCGCAUUGAGGCACUCAUUUGAGUUGAGCUGCAAAUUUAAUGAUAACUUUUAGGUUUUUAGGUAUUUAGUCAGCUGCCAAUUGCUGCAUUGUAUAUAUACAUACAUAUAAUACAUACAGACAACAAAAAGAAAAAGUACUCGUGUAACAUAUCAACUGUUUGCAAUUUUAUUUUAAGCUUAUACAUAUGUACAUACAUUAACUUAGCUGCUUUCUAAAAGCUGAACUGUUCCAUUAAGUUUUCCGUUUGUUCGGUUCGCUUUAAGUCUAAAUCUAAUUACUUAGGACACUCUUAAGGCUUGCUAUGUUUUAGAAAUUAAUUAUUUCUAAUUAGUUUAGCAAUUAUGUUUGUAGUUUACCAAAUAACUAUUUGUAAAUAAGCUAACUUAAGAUGAUUAUUUUCUACAGAAUUUACAUAUUUAUUUACAUUUAGGUACAUAAUUGGUGGAAAAAUCAGUUUUUACUUUAGUAUUGAAAAUUGAACAUUUUCCAACACAAUUGCAAGGUUUUGUAAACGAAUUUAUUUAUUUGUGUAUGCCUUUUUAAUGCGGAUGUUUGCUUUCAAACUUUAUGUCAUCACCACACACCUCCCCUAGUUAAUGUUUGUUAUUUAUAUUUGCAUUGUUUAUUCGAAUUAAUUAUAUUGUGUACCUAACGGUUUCAUUUUGUUAUUGUUAAUAUUAUUACAAAAUUAUUUUUGUUCAUUUUGAUUAUUAUUUGGUAGCUUUUGUUCGAAGCUGAAAUUCAAAUAACGAAUUUGAAUCAUUUCAAUGCCGGUCAAUGAAUCGAUUUAAGUUGCUUUUUUUGUUUUUGU